GUUGGUUAAAUUGUCCGCCAGCCGGAAAACCAAUCGGUUUCAUCAUACCUUCCAAAGUUCCCUUGGGUGAAGAUUUCAACGAUGGAGUUAUUCCGACUAGGAGGUAUUCGUUCAGACAGGUGAUGAAUCAACAGAGGACUCUGUCGAGGAGAAUCGGGUGGGUCAUCGAUUUGACGAAUUCGGAUCCCUACUAUUCCUCGCAGGAAUUGAUGAAAGAAUUCGGUGUGAGGCAUACCAAGAUUGCUUGUCAGGGGAACGAUUCUGAUUCUGUACCCGACAAUGAGUCCGUGAACCGAUUCGUGUACGAGGUUUCUCGGUUUCUUGAUCUUCAGAAGAGGCACGAGAACGAUCGCGAUUACGCCCCGAAAUACAUUCUGGUGCACUGUAGACAUGGCCAUAACCGUACCGGAUACAUGAUUGUGCACUAUCUGAUGCGUACUUCGCCGGAACUAUCCGUUACUCAGGCUAUCCAGAUGUUUGCUGAUGCCCGGCCUCCAGGAAUUUAUAAGCCGGAUUAUAUUAAUGCCCUGUAUGCGUUCUAUCAUGAACAAAAACCCGAAACAUUUGUUCGUCCCUCAACUCCAGAGUGGGAAAGGUCGAACAGAUUGGAUCAAGUUUCCGCUGCCGCUGCUACUUUGACUCUUGUUAGUAACGAAACAAAUGCUGUCUUGACGAAUGAUGAUGUCUUGGGAGAUAGUAUACCAUUGGAGCAGCGGGCGAAUUUCAGGAAGUUCUGUUAUCAGGCCUUAAACUUGGCUCCUGUUAUUCAUGGGAGAGGUGGUGCUGGGAAUGGGUAUACGCAAUUUCCCGGAUCGCAUCCGGUUUCUCUGAAUAGUGAGAACCUGAUAUUUUUGAGGCAACGCUAUUACUCUACCACAUGGAAAGCUGAUGGGACUAGAUACAUGAUGCUCAUUACCCAGGAUGGGUGUUACCUAAUCGACCGGCACUUUGAUUUUCGGAGAGUGCAAAUGAGGUUCCCUUGCAGAACUAAUGAAGUAGUUGUAGGUGAGAGUAUGCACCACUUCACGCUACUUGAUGGGGAAAUGGUAAUCGACACCCUACCGGACUCGCAAAAACAAGUGAGAAGCUACCUCAUUUAUGAUAUGAUGACAAUCAAUUCGAAGUCUAUUGUAAACUACCCAUUCCAUGAACGCUGGGAAAUGCUCGAGAAAGAAGUAAUUGAACCGAGGAACUUUGAGUGGCAACACAUUUCUCAAUGUAGGAACCCCAACUAUAGAUAUGAGCUUGAACCAUUCCAGGUGAGGAGGAAGGAUUUUUGGACGCUUUCCACAGUAAACCAUAUUUUGACAGAGUUCAUCCCGAGCCUUUCACAUCCGGCUGAUGGUCUUAUCUUCCAGGGUUGGGAUGACCCUUAUGUUCCCCGAACGCAUGAGGGUCUAUUGAAGUGGAAGUAUGCAGAAAUGAAUUCUGUUGAUUUUCUCUUCGAGGUGGAUCAAUAUAAUGGUGGUUAUCAUCUAUAUCUUUAUGACCGGGGCAGGAUGAAAUUGAUGGGAGAGGAUUAUGUUGUGUUCCAAGAAGGCACUGAUCCCCUGUCAUUCAUUGGCAAAAUCAUCGAGUGCGGUUGGAAUGAGGAACAACAGGUUUGGGUAUUUAUGCGAGUUAGACUAGACAAAGCAACCCCCAACGGAUACAACACCUACCUCAAGGUGAUGAGAAGUAUACAGGACAACAUUACUCAGGAAAUCUUGUUGGAGAAGAUCAAUGAAACCAUUCAGCUGCCAAUGUAUGCUCAGUAG